CGAAUGGGGGCACGGCUUCCCGGGGGAAAUCAGACCAUGGAAGAAAAAUGGAGUCAGCAAUCUGAGGAGGAGGGGCAUGAGUACGUAUCCUUUGCAUCAGCAUCCUCCCUUCCUCUGCUGACAUCAUCAGGGGAGAGUGAGCCUCCCUCACCCAGCCACUCGGUAGCAGCAGCAACAGCAGCCGCAUCUUUUUCACUGGAACGACACACGCAGAAAAGCCUGUGUCAGUGGCUCAGCCAUGGCUUGAUCCCAGGGGGAGUACACUUUAUGAAAACCAUGGGAAACCAGGACGGCAAGUUAAAGAGAGCAGCCACCACAGGGGAUGGAAAUGAUGGGACUGUGGACAAUGGAGGCCUGUGUGAUGCAGAGGGCAGCACAAAGAAAGGAUUUCAUGGGAAGAAGAAUCAUGGUAAGCACAGUAAAGGAGGAGAAACAGGCAAAAGGAAGGCCAAGUCAGAGUCAAAAUCAUCUGUGUUUUCAAACAUACGCAAACGCAAGAACCUUAAAAAGGGCCUUUCUGCAAGCUCCAAAGAGGAUAUAUUGGAUUCACAGGAUGAGUUGGACAGUGUUCAGUCACUGCGCAACAAAACCCCCAAGCUCAGCCUCUCAGGCGAUGAGCUAGGACACUCUGAUGCCGAUGCUGAGCCACCCUGCCCGCCACCUAAGGAGAGCCAGUCAACAGUCCCUCCUGAAAAGGGGGAACAACAAAGAGGCAGCUCAGGGUCUGACACGGACAUCUACAGUUUUCACUCUGCGACGGAGCAGGAUGAUUUACUCGCAGAUAUCGAGCAGGCUAUUAGGCUCCAGCAGGGGGUCAUUAUUCCCAGCACUGAGGAUAUGCGGAGAUGGACUAAUGCCGUGGAGCUUAAAAAGACCACUGCCACCAAGACUGCUGCAUCCCCCACCUCUGAAACAGAGCCUCCCCUGUUACAUGAGGCUGAAAAUGGGCUCUUGGCUGAGGUGGAUAUGCCUUCCCUGGUCAUAGCAGAGAAGCAGCAGGAGGAGGGGGAGAGGUGUGUAACCUCUACGGCUGCUGUGAAUGGAGAGCUAAGCAGUUCUGAGGCCUUUUGUGUUGUUCAGUCUGCACCGGUGGCAGCUGCUAUACUCCCUCAAGGGACAAAAGAGGGAGAGGGCCUGUGUAGUGAGGAUGUGACUGCUUCGCUACCACCCCCCACCACUACAAGCAACGUAGACAGGGGAGAUGACAGCUUGGUUGCUAAGACAACCAGCAUUAACAGCUUUCCUGACCUCACUGCCUCAUUUGAGAGUGCAGUCGAGGCUAUUGAGGAAGUUGAGGAGGAAAAGGAGCUUGAUAACAGCCCAACCCUUACACCUCAACACUCUGAAGAGAACUCUGUCUGCACAAUAAGUAGUCAGAGCCAUAAGGACACCAUCUUGGAUGUGGAAAAUAUUUAUGUAGGAAGUAGCAUGGCUAUCUCUGAUCCAGAGGAACAUGAUGCAAAUAUUUUGGAUACAGACUGUAUUACUGUGGAGGAGAGACAGAGAUUUGAGUCCCCAGCAUUCAAGAGGCGGAAAAGCAUAGUUUCAGAUUCCCUGUGGUCUCAGGAGAGUCCUCUGGCUAGUCAGGUGCCCAAGUCCACACUGACAACACCUAAUGUCUCCAGCCCACAGGUGAAACCUUAUCCUCCUAUCCAUCCAUACUACAUUAGGACAACCACACGCCAGCUCAGUGGUUCAACCAGCGGUUCUCCUGCUCCUUCACCAUCACACAGUCCCUUAUUUUCUAGGCGUCACCAAGAGGACAGGCCAGGAGAGAAGUGGCAUAGGAAACGGAAACGUUCUCACAGUAUAACUGGUCCUAUUAGCCGCUCUGCUGACUGGACUGAAGAACUGCAAAACCGUCCCUUGACUCCAAAGGCUGGGUCUGCUGACUAUUUGGAAUAUAGAGGUUUGGAAGAGCGUUUGCAUGGUGGCAGCCAGCCUUUGUCUACAGCUCGCCGAUCCUCAUGUGGUCAGACUUGCACCUUUCAAGAUGUCUUCUCAGGUCGUACUUUAUUGGAAAAGUUCUUCCAGCAGCAGGAGGAUGCUCAGCCAGAGGAAGCAGAAAAGUUGUGCUCCCGUAUCCUUGCCAUGGGCCUUCUCUUACCCUUUGGCGAUUGUUUCCGCGAACAGUAUAGCAGCAGCACCUCUCAGAUCACUCCAAAGUUCAAUGACAUGUCUGAAGUUGGAAAAUAUAAAAAAAAUUCUACUGAGGGAGUCAAAAUGCAAGACCAGCUGUACACCUGGGCUGCUAUUAGCCAGCCGCCCCACUCUUUGGAGGGAUUCGAGGGCCGUCUCCCUGGACACCUUAAAACCCUUUGGCCUCCAGGCCGAAUGGAAGCAGAAAAGCCAGGACUGAAGUACACAGAGGCAGAAGAUAGUGAAGAACACCAGGGGGGCCUUCUUGUUCUGAAACAACAGCAGCAGCAGGAUAUACAGGAACUGCAGGAGGAAUCGGUGUUAAAAACUGUUCGGCUGAAGAAGGAACAUGUGAAUGUAAUUCAGCAGCUUGAACAGACUAUCGAAGACCUUCGUACCAAAAUAGCAGAGCUAGAGAAACAGUAUCCUCUACUGGAAAAGGACAUCAGCACGAAGGAUCAAGAAUGCGGUGGGGAAGAGGGACUUUUGAGGGACAUGUGUGAUGUGGACCUGCAAACUGAUGAAGGUUCCAGUCAACAACUUACCAGUUGUUUAGAAGCCAAAUCAGUACAAACAUCACCAUUGGAGGAGGGCUUAAAGUUUACAGUGCCUUCAAACUCCACUCUGCUCCACAUGACCAGUCCUCCCUCAGGGUUGCCUUCUGACCAUACCAACAUCCCUAAUCUGCCAGUACCACAAUUACCCACAUCUGCACCAGGCAUCUUGUGCCAGUGCCAGCAGAAGCAGCAACAGAAUAAUCUGCUGCAAUCUUCUGAAGCACCUUCCUUGCCUACCCUCUCAGACACAUCACACCCUCUGUCUAAUGCAGCAUUACCACCACCUCCUCCAUCGUUACCUUCUUCUCAGCCAGAAUGUGUAGCAACCCCUCCUCUUCCAAUGAUUGGACCCCAUUUGCCUCCACCACCCCCACCCUUACCAGGGAUAGGACACCCACUCCCACCACCACCCCCACCCUUACCAGGGGAGGGAUACGCUGUACCUCUACCACCCCCACCCUUAGUGGGGAUGGGACACCCACCCCCACCACCACCCCCCCCCACCACCCCCCCACCCUUACCCGGGAUGGGACACCCACCCCCUCCACCACCUCCACCCUUACCGGGAAUGGGACACCCACCCCCUCCACCACCUCCACCCUUACCGGGAAUGGGACACCCACCCCCUCCACCACCCCCACCCUUACCAGGGAUGGGACACCCACCACCUCCACCUUUUCCAGGGGUUGCACCUCCACCACCCCCACCCUUACCAGGGGUGGGUCCUCCACCUCCCCCAACUUUAACAGGGAUGGGACCACCACCUCCAGCACCAUUGCCGUUGCCCCCAGGGGCUUUCAACCUAACUCCAUCCAUUGGUUUGGGAUCUCUACCCCCACCUUUACCUCCAGGAAUGUAUGCAUUGGCCAUGCAGCAGGACAAGGCACCUCGCAAGGGUCUAGUGGAACCACCGAGACCCAUGAAGCCUCUGUACUGGACAAGAAUACAACUUCAAGAUAAAAAGGAAACAAGUCCUCUGGUGUGGGACAUGAUUGAGGAACCCAUAGUGGACUUUGAUGAAUUUGUGGAAAUGUUCUCAAAAAGUGCUGUGAAGGAGAAGAAGAAGCCACUCUCAGACACCAUUACUAAAUCCAAAACCAAACAAGUGGUGAAACUCUUGAACAACAAGCGUUCUCAGGCAGUGGGCAUCUUGAUGUCUAGCCUUCACCUAGACAUGAAGGACAUUCAACACGCAAUACUGAACCUAGACAACACUGUGGUUGACACGGAAACCUUGCAAGCUCUCUUUGAAAAUAGAGCCCAACAAGAUGAGAUGGAUAAAAUUGAAAAGCACAUCAAGUCAACAAAGGGAAAAGAGAGCGCUAAACCUUUGGAUAAACCAGAACAGUUCCUCUAUCAGUUGUCCCAAAUCCCCAGUUUCUCAGGAAGGGUGUUUUGUAUCCUCUUUCAGUCAACUUUUACUGAAAGUGUCAUUUCAAUUCAUCGCAAGCUGGAGGUUUUGCAGAGAGUCUGCUCAAAUCUACAAAAAGGUUCGGGUGUGAUGAAGAUUUUGGGUCUUGUGUUAGUCUUUGGUAACUACAUGAAUGGAGGAAAUAGGAGUCGAGGCCAAGCUGAUGGUUUUACCCUGGACAUCCUCCCAAAACUGAAGGAUGUGAAGACGAGUGACAAUAAAGGAAGUCUUUUAUCUUAUAUUGUGGCCUACUACGUGAGGCACCUUGAUGAGGAUGCCAACAAGGACACACGCACAUAUCCUAUUCCCGAGCCUCAGGAUCUUUUUCAGUCCUCCCAGAUGAAAUUUGAAGACUUUAAAAGGGAUCUCUCCAAGUUAAGAAAAGACUUUGUUGCAUGUACAACACAGAUGGAAUCAGUGUGCAAAAUAUCUUCAGAAGAACACCUACAACCCUUCAAGAACAACAUGGAGGACUUCCUACUCAAAGCCAAAACUGACUUGGAGGCUCAAGAGAUGCAGCUGGCAGAAACUCACAAGAUAUUCUUAGAUUUAACGGUCUACUUUUUGGUGAAGCCUAAAUCUGGGGAAAAGGAAGUAUCGCCUAAUACCUUCUUCUCAAUUUGGCAUGAGUUUUCGACUGACUUCAAGAGUCACUGGAAGAAGGAGACCACAGUAAUGCUACAGGAAAGAGUGAAAGCUGCAGAGGAACUGAAAAAGGAACACUUCAAGCAAGUGAAGGAGAAGGCCACUUAUAGUGUCAAACCCAAACAAGCUUCUGGAAUCAAAGCCAAACUGGGAAUUGGGAAGACUUAAUUAUUUUUAAAAAUAGUGAAUGUGGGCAAUUAACCCACUCCUGUUCUACCUGUCAUCAGAGGAAUGUCAUGUACUGAGGUAUAUCAAGGCUCUUUAUGUGGAAUGUAACAGCAGCACCAUUUCAAAGUCACAACAAAAACAUUCGUCCUGAAAUCCAGCAUGACACUAUAUAUUCUGGAAUCUUAGUUGUGUAUAGUUUGCAAUCAUUGUUAAAGCAAUAUUAUGAUCUUUAUUAUUGUAUGUGUGUGUGUGUGUCUGUGUGUGUGUGUGUGUGUGUGUGUGGGGUGGGGUGGGGGUUGUAAAACAUGUCUGUUUUACUGACAUAUGUAAAAUAUGAUUUGGCCGUGCCCAGUGGUGCAUUGUGUCAAUCCCCAAGGUUUUAAUGGAAAAGUUCAUGAUUAAAUGCCCUUGUCCAAUUAAAGAAAGCACCACCUCUACCAGACAUCAUAUAAAUCAUUAUAACCCUCAUGCAUAUGAGUCUUGGUAAAUGGAGAUAACACACAGGUAGGUCACUAUUAUUUCCACUGACUAAAAAAAGGCAUUUCUUUUCUGUCUGGUAUGUUGUCCUCUGUUGACAGAUGCUUGUAAUGAUGGUUACAUUCAGAACAAUAUUGUGUUAAAUAAUCUUUAGCAUUCUUAAAUCAUCCUACUACUUCAAAAUGUGAAUAGUGUUUGUUUGAGGUGUGUGGCAUUACUUUGUGUAAAUUAAUUUUACAAAAUACAUUUUCACUGACCAUGCCUGACUUUUCUCCUAAAUUGUAUGUAAAAAAGGCAUUUUGAUCCAAUGUAAAGAGAACAUAUUGUGUAAUACACUUGUAGUACUUUUACUUUGUACUUCCAGCAUGUCAGUUUUGCGUUUCACUCAGUGAAUAAUUAAGAAGUUCAGAGUUUAUUUCAUGUGCAAUAAAUGUGUAUAUUUUUUUUGUUUUAAGAACAAUAUAAUAUGUAAAAUAAAAGGAUGAAUAAAGUCAAUGUUUUAUUCUCA